AAGGAGCCCCAGUAGCCGACUUAUAAGGAGCAGUCACACUGACCAAGGGGAAUGAUUUCUUUAUCCUUUAGAAUCGAUUUAAAUUCCCAGAUUGUGAUCAAUUCUGACAAUUUCAAUUCCUUUUGCAAAUUGUUCCAUGAUAAAGGGGCAGCGUAACUAAAAGCUUUCUUACCUAAUUCAGUUCUCACUAUUGGCACCAGCAUCUGUACAAUGACUUGCGAGCGUAGACCGUGUUUAGUUUUGUUUCGACACAUGUAUGCACACAGGUAAGAGGGAAGCAGCCCAAGAAUACAUUUAUGGAUAAAAACUAACCAAUGAGACUGUCUGCCAACAUACAAAGAUGGCAUUUCAGCCGUGGCAUACAGAGUACAAUGAUGUGUGCGAUUUUCAAGCCAGUAAUGAAACGCAGAGCACAAUGAUAAACACAGUCCAACUUCUUAAGGCUCUGAUUAGUAGCAUUUUUGAAAAGCAGAUCACCGUAAUCCAGUAAAGGCAAAAAAGUUGCAGAAAUCAAAUGUUUGUGAACAACAAGAUUUGUUUCUAAAAAAAAAAUCCUAAUUUUAGUUUCAGUUUCGUCACAAGGCUUUCAAUAUGGGGUUUGAAUGAGAGCUUCUGAUCAAUACUGAUCCCUAAAUAUUUAUAAGCCGUGACCCUUUCAAUUUCAUCACCUUGUACUGUAAUUAUCUUUGGCAAAUUGGAUGUCAAGUCUUUGCCAUUUGAAAAGUUCAUGAAUUUUGAUUUCUCCGCAUUCAAUACCAACCUGAGUUGAGCUAGACGAGAUUGAACCACAUGAAAAGCAGAUUGCAGGUAUUGAAGGGUCUGAACUCUUACAUAACUUAAUGUAAUUAAGUUAAACAAGUUUCAUAAGUUAACUUAAGUCAUUGUUGACUUAUGGAAAAUAUCCCACCUUUUUUUGACUCAUGUUAUAUACCCAGACUUUCUCCCUGCAUGGUCUUCGAUCAGAAAAAAGUUUGUGGUACAUCAAAAACAAAUGCAAUCCAGGUGAAAAUACAUAAUUGAGAAUUUGAUUGUGUUGUAUGGGGCCGUUAUUUUAAGGAGGCAACAAUGUAUUUAAUGUUACAAUCGAAGGGUUGUUGCUGUUCAGUAAAAGAGAAUAAAAUCAAGUAAAAGUUAAGUUGAGCCUGAAUUUGUGACAUAACUGAGGCUACAGUUAUGAGAUUUUUUUGUGUUUUGAAAGCACCGAGAUCCCAGCUCAUAAAUAAAACCUUAAUUGUGAUUGUUUUCUAAAAUCCUAUUAUAACAUUUGAGACGUCAGAGUAUAAAUUAUUGAAUAAAACACUGUGAGAGAGCUCUUGUUGUAUUAUAAUCUUUCCAAUCCCCAUAUUGCUUUGUAUUCACGUGUUGAUGUCAGCACACUGUGAUGCAGACACCACACCCUGCUAACGACCACAUGUCCAUGUCAGUGCCUCUGAUGAGCUAAUCUCACGGUCAGCGUGGUGCAAGACCCCCGGCUGAGAGAUGGCCUUCUUCAAGAGCUUCCAGCAGAACCUCCCAUCUGUCAACAUUUCCUCCCUCCUGGACACGGUCACCAGUCGCGUGGACGACUUGGCCAACGCCGUCAGCGACGUCACGUACGCCGUCAGCGACCAGCUGACCGAGCAGGUCACCACUAUCAGGAACAAGGUGGACGAGGACAACGGCAGCGGGUCGGAGUGCGGUCAGACUUCCACAGCGCAGGAAGGAGGCAGCAGCAGCACGGCCUCAAAGACAAACCAGUCCAAUGACACGAAAGAGGCCGAGCAAGUGCAGAACCAGCUGGAGUGGGAAUGGAGGGACGGGUGCUGGCGAGUUAAAAAGACAGAAGCAGAGAUAGAGGAGGAGGAGAAGAGGAAGAAAGAGGAGAAGGAGCUGCAGGAGAAAAAGCAAAAAGAAGAAGAAGAGGGAGGUGAAGAGGAAGAGGUGGCGGGCAGCCUUGAGAGAGAGGGAGACGAUGAGGAAGAAGCCGAUCUUUCCAGAACUUCCUCAACGGUGAAGAAGAAAAAGUCGGACAAGAAGAAGAAGAAAGGAGCAAAAGAGGGCUCGAAGAAAUCAGAAGACGCCUCUGACGGAGUUGUAUCAGACAGCGAGGAGGACAAAGGCCCUGAGGCGGCUGCCCAGAAGAACACGACUUCUGCGUGGAGCAACAAACGCAAACAGUCCACCGAGCAGGGAGGGUACAGCAGCGAAGCCUCCAGCGAACGGGCCAACAGCAUCCAGAGAAUAAAGAAAGACUCCUCCCUCAGCGAGCCGCAGCCUCCUCCGUACCAGGACGAGGGCUCAAUGGCGCGCGUGUCCUCACGUGCCCGCUCGGAGCGAGGGGUCAGGAGGGGGUCGUCCCCGCAGCGCUGCGACAGCCCCUGCAGCGAGGCCAGCGUGGACCAGGACACCGAGAGCUACCUCAACAAGGGCUGUGAGGAGGACAUCCCCAGUGACAGCACGGCGGUGCUGGGGCCCGAGGAUGGCUGCGGUCCUCAGCUCCCCACAGCCUACGAACCAGAGCCCCUCGCCAAAUACGGCACGCUGGACGUCGCCUUCGAGUACGACUCCGGCGAGCAGUGGUUGGCCGUCACGGUCACGGCGGCGACGGACAUCCCCGCCCUGAAACAGACGGGCAACAUCGCGUGGCAGGUCCACCUGGUCCUGCUGCCCACUAAGAAGCAGCGGGCCAAGACGGGCGUGCAGAAAGGACCCUGUCCCGUCUUCACGGAAACAUUCAAGUUCUCCAGGGUGGAACAGGACGCGCUGGGGGACUACGCCGUUCGCUUCCGGCUGUACAGCAUCAGGCGGAUGAAAAAGGAGAAGGUCCUGGGAGAGAAGGUGUUCUACCUGACUAAGCUCAACCUGCAGGGCAAGAUCGCUCUACCCGUCACCCUGGAGCCGGGCUCCGAACUCACAGGCUGCGGCUCGGUGGUGAGCGUGUCUCGCAGUGCGGGAGCUCUGUCCUAUCGCUCCACCGAAGACACUUCUCUGCCUGAGAUCCUCCUGGGUCUCAUCUACAACUCUGCCACGGGACAGUUAUCGGCCGAGGUCAUCCAGGGAAGCCACUUCAAAACCACAGCGUCCGAUAAACCCGUCAACACCUAUGUAAAGCUGACCAUGCUGGACUCCAAGGGGAAGGAGAUGUCCAAGUGUAAGACGGCCGUGUGCCGGGGCCAGCCCAACCCCACCUACAAGGAGACCUUCCUGUUCCAGGUGGCGCUCUUCCAGCUGUCCGAGGUGUCUCUGGUGCUGUCGGUGUUCUGCCGCCGGAGCAGCAUGAGGCCCAGGGAGAGGGUGGGCUGGGUCUCCCUGGGCCUCAACAGCACCGGCGAGGAGCAGCAGUCCCACUGGACGGAGAUGAAGGAGGCGGAGGGACAGCAGGUCUGCCACUGGCACACGCUGACCGACACAUAG